AUGGUAAUUAAUAAAAUUAUUUAUGAAUUCGAUCAGUGCGAUCCUAAACGCUGUUCAGGAAGAAAAUUAGUCAAAACGGGGAAAAUUGUCAGUUACCCAAUUAAAAGAUAUUUUAAUGGUAUAAUUCUAAGUCCUAAUGCUGUAUCUGUAAUAUCACCUAAUGACAGAUUUAUAAUAGAAAAAUAUGGCUUAGGACUUAUUGAUUGCUCGUGGAAUCAAUUAGAAAAGGUAGAUUUUUGUAGAUUACCUAAGCGAUACAACCGAUUACUACCUUUUGUGGUGGCAAGUAAUCCAGUUAACUAUGGAAAGGCUUAUAAGUUGAACUGUGUAGAGGCCUUAUCGUGUGCCUUGUACAUCUGUGGAUUUAAAGAAGAGGCAUAUGAAAUUAUAAAAGAUUUUAAUUACGGUGACGAAUUUUAUAAAUUAAAUGGUGAACUGUUGGAGAGAUACAGUAAAUGUAAUAGUAGUGAUGAAGUGUUAGAAGUAAGUAAACAGUGGAUAGAUGAAAAUACACGAAUGAAAGAAUAG